CCCAGCAUGGCCAGCCGCUCGCAGGACGCCUGUACACGUCAUAGGCUAACCCGGAAAUGCAGUGACAUUUCAAAAAUCCUUCAUCCCUUUCGUGGUACAGCGAAACAAAGCUUGCCAAGAAGCUCAGGCUUUGGACAGACAUGCAGUACUGACACACCUACAGACAGACAGACAGACCUGACGGACAGAGUCCAGGUGGCUAGUCAUGGCAGCAGCUAGCGGAACAGAUGUUUGAGGGACUUUGAUCUAGAGUGCCUGUAGCUGUUUUGGAGUCUGGAGGUCCUGUUGUUCUGGAUUCAUCCCUAUGCAGCUCUCUGUACGGCAGGUGUUGUUUAAGAGGCGGCCAGCUUGACUGAUUUUUGGCCUUUGCCUCCCCAAAGCACCCCAUAGCACCUCACCCCACACCUGGCUAGUGCUCCGGCCCCAUUCAGGACAUCUCUGCAUCAAAGCUGGCAAUGUCCAGAGCCCCAAGCCCCCCUGCCCCGGCGGAAAUGUCCAGCGGUCAGGUAGCUGAGAGCUGGUGUUACACUCAGAUCAAAGUGGUGAAGUUCUCCUACAUGUGGACCAUCAACAACUUCAGCUUCUGUCGCGAGGAGAUGGGAGAAGUCAUCAAAAGCUCCACUUUCUCCUCGGGAGCCAACGACAAACUCAAAUGGUGUUUGCGUGUGAACCCUAAAGGUCUGGAUGAGGAGAGUAAAGACUAUCUGUCACUUUACUUGCUCUUAGUCAGCUGUCCAAAAAGUGAAGUGCGCGCCAAGUUUAAGUUUUCUAUCCUCAAUGCCAAGGGAGAAGAGACCAAAGCUAUGGAGAGCCAGAGAGCAUACCGUUUUGUCCAGGGGAAGGACUGGGGUUUCAAAAAGUUCAUAAGGAGGGACUUCCUGCUGGACGAGGCCAACGGUCUGCUGCCUGAUGACAAAUUAACGCUUUUCUGUGAGGUGAGUGUGGUACAGGACUCUGUUAACAUCUCAGGCCAGAACACAAUGAACAUGGUGAAGGUUCCUGACUGCAGGCUGGCCGAGGAGCUAGGCGAUCUCUGGGAAAAUUCUCGAUUCACUGACUGCGCCCUGUGUGUUGCAGGCCAGAAAUUCCAGGCGCACAAAGCCAUCCUUGCAGCUCGCUCGCCGGUGUUCAGUGCCAUGUUUGAGCAUGAGAUGGAAGAGAGUAAGAAGAACCGUGUGGAGAUAAAUGACGUGGAGCCAGAUGUCUUCAAAGAGAUGAUGUGCUUCAUCUAUACAGGCAAGGCCCCCAACCUGGACAAGAUGGCUGAUGACCUGCUGGCUGCAGCUGACAAGUAUGCCCUGGAGAGGCUGAAGGUAAUGUGCGAGGAUGGUCUUUGCGCCAGUCUGAGUGUGGAGAACGCCACAGAGAUCCUCAUUCUCGCCGAUUUGCACAGUGCCGACCAACUCAAGACGCAGGCCGUGGACUUCAUCAACUAUCACGCAGCUGAUGUGAUGGAGACAUUGAGCUGGAAGUCCAUGGUGAUCUCUCACCCACACCUGGUAGCAGAGGCAUAUCACUCCCUGGCCUCGGCUCAGUGCCCCUUCCUGGGUCCCCCAAGGAAACGGCUCAAACAGUCCUAGUGGUCCGGAGAGACCUCCUGUCCAAAACCCGCUGUGUCAACUUGUACCGGCAACGUCGUUGCUCCUCCCUCCCAUUCCUCCUCUCUUCUACAGCACCCAGAGACGCCCAUGACUGCAAGCCAGGCCUUGGCUUGAUAUGUCUGGGAGGAGCUACUCAACUGGGCCGACCAGAGGAUUACAGGACUGAAGCCUCAGAGGAGGUACUACACAUCUCUGCAAGGUGUUGGGGGGUGAAUUCUAUAACAUCUAAACCUGGAUAUUUAUGGGUUGCAAGCUCAAAGCCUUGCAUGUACCAUAUAUCGUUUUCUGCAAUAUUGGAAAGCUAGAACAGUAAUCUGAGUCGGUCCCGUGAAGAACUGAUCUUCUGGCUUGUAAGGAAAAGUCAAUGCCAAGUCCCUGUAAAUACAAUAUUGUGGCAUAUUGUCUUGUGCAGUGUCUUGAAUGUUAAAGCCCAAACUGUACUUGUAAAGUGAAGAGGAUCAACCAACCAGAAAGUGAAAGAAUAUUGUUCCCAUUGUUGAUGAUUUAAACAGUGUUUGUAGCACAAAUAAUUCUCGGUUUGAAUGAAAGAAAACAAAUCUGAACACGUUUUAAUGUUCACUAUUCAGCCUGUGCCUUAAAAAGAUAUUUUGCUGAUUUAAAUGCAGCUCUGUGUCAUGGCAGUGUGGGCAGGGUGUGCAGAUGAACAGUGUGUGGCUUCUCUCCGGGCCAUAGCAGCCGAGGUCUGCCGAGAUGACGGAGGGAAGCCACUCACUGUUCACCAGCACACACUGCCCACACUGCCAUGACACAGAGCUGGAUUAAAAUUGGCAAAAUGUUUCAAGCGGAGCAGACACUGUGCGAUCAGCCUUGAGUUAUUUUAGAAUUGGGCCAAAUUUCUGCCAGAUCGGUUGGAAUUUGAGGUGCAGUUUCAGGGGGGUCAUGAUGCCAGAUUAAUUUCCUGGACGAUCAGCGAUUGGUUGGAUUUUUGAAAAGGUUUCAGAAAGGUUGGUCAGCUGUAUUGCAGUUUGAGCAGUUUCCUACAUGGCCACUGUUAAAUAAUCAUUAUAUAGUGUACUAAUUUUAAUAUUAUUACAGAAAUGAAAUGAAAGCUGUAGUCUCGACUGAGCUGUAAUAUAAAAUUCAACCCUGCUGCAGCACACACAAAACAUAUUGUCUGCAUCUUCCAGCCAUCUGCGGCUCUAUAUUUUUCUUUUUUUUUUUCUACUUUCCUUUCACUGUAGUCAUUUUGAACAAGCACUGCCUUUCUCUCUUUUUGAGGACGCAGACAUCUCGUUUGAAUGAACUUUGAAUUAAAAAUCGGGUUCCAUUCUUACAAUCAGCGUGAGCAACCAGUGAGUUUGCUCAGAGGAAUACAAACGCACAGUAUCUGCCCAGCUUUAUAUCAGAGAAACCGAUCAUAAAAAAAACUUUUUACUCACGUUUUAUUGCAGAACAUCUUUUGACUGAUUCUAUUAAAUACUGAUGUUUUUUAAUUAUGUCAGGCGUGUCUUUUUCGUCCUUUGUCCUUUCGUCGUUCUUCAUUUUUUCUCCUUAUGCAGUUUAGACACAUCUACUACUUACUGACUCAUUAGUGCAAAGCAUCUUUCAACUAGCUGCGUAAUCAGUGAGUGCGAGUAACACAUUUUAGUUUCAAGCUUAAUCCUGUCGUGAUCAAAGUUCAAUCCCCAGUGCUCAUGCUGCUCACCUCGUCUGAUCACAAGGGCUCAUAUCCAGCUGUUCGUUUGUAGACUCGGCUCUUACUCACAUGGUCACAGGCCCGUUUGACUUGUUCUCUGUGGCCUUGCUUAGAUAGCAGUUAGCUUGUAAAUACUUCAGAGAGAGCUGGAGCUAUCUCUUGGACAGUAUCUUAACAGGGAUUUCUUUGUGUUGACUAAAGUCUAUGUCCAGCAGGCUUCAAGGAAGCUCAUCCCUAAGCCCCUCAAAUCGCUCCUCAUCAAACAGUCAGCCCUGGCCAUUGAUCUUUGGGGAUAUCUGGCGCUCAUCAAACAGAGACAUUAUUUGUGAAACACACAGCAGACUGUAGCUUCAUGACAGACCACAUAGAGUCAGACUAAUGAUUCAAUUGUAUCCUUUAUGCUGUAAGUAUCUGCUGAGCGGCAUCAUAUUUAUUUGAAGAUACGGGGAUAGAGGUAUCCGUGACAGCUCAAUGUGAAGAAAAUCUUUUUUAUAAGCAUUUUAUGACUUUAUUCUAGAUUGAACAGUAGUGAUGGAAAUGAGGAGAGAGAGAGAGAGAUGAGAACAGACCUGGACCUUGGACAUUAGGGAUUCAUGUUGUUAAAAUUUGUAAAAGUUGUGUUAUCAAAUGGUAAACAAUAUAAAAAUUAAAUGUUAUUGUUUCAGGCAGCCAAGCUUUACAUAUUAGCAGACUCCUUUAUUGCAUAUACCAUUAGACAGACAACUACUGGGAAGUAGAGCUGAGCAAUAUAUGAAAAUGUAUUAACU